AUGUCCAAAAUGAGCAAGAUGAGAGGAAUCCUGAUCUUGGAGAUCCUAUUGGCUGUCUCCAGCUGCCUUGGCUAUUAUGAGGAGCUCAUCAAGUGCUUUCAAGACCCUGAAUAUGAGUCCAUUCUUGCCUUAGCCCAGGAAGGGCUCCACACCUCUCCACUAUCCAAGCGUGUGGUAGUAGUAGGAGCUGGCAUGUCAGGCCUGGCUGCAGCCAAAGCCCUGCAGGAUGCUGGCCACCAGGUAACAGUCCUGGAAGCCAGUGACCACAUUGGGGGGCGAGUGAUCACACACAGGAAUGAGAAAGAAGGCUGGUACUAUGAUCUGGGGCCCAUGCGAAUUCCCAAAUCCCAUAGGUUGAUCCACACCUAUAUUAAGAAACUGAAUUUAAAACUGAACAAGUUCAUCCAAUAUGAUAACAACACUUGGUACCUCAUCAACAAACAGCGCUAUCGUGCCUGGGAGGUCAAGGCCAAUCCAGAGCUCCUGGGGUACUCCUUGGACCCCACAGAGAAAGGAAAGGGUGCUGAGAAUCUCUUCUACCAGGCCAUUGCUAAGCUCAGACAAAGGCUGAGGAACUUCAACUGCAGCCACCUGAUGUCCUUUUAUGAUUCUUACUCCACAAAGGCUUACCUGUUGAAGGAAGGGCAUCUGAGCCCAGGAGCAGUGAAGAUGAUUGGGGAUGUGAUGAAUGAAGAUGCUGGAUACUCUAAGUCCCUCCUGGAGUCCUUGCGGAUGGAAAUCAUCUUCUCCCAAAGUGAUGACUUUUCUGAGAUCACAGGUGGCUUUGACCAGCUCCCCAAAGCACUUGGUGCCAGUCUGAAACCUGGCACCAUCCAGCUGGGCUCCAAAGUGGAAAGGGUAGUGAGGACUGGACCUGAGGUCCAGAUUUCCUAUCGGGCAGAGGGGUCCAACUCAAGGCUGCACACCCUCACUGCGGACUUCGUCAUCAUCUCGGCCUCGGCCAAGGCUACCCGCCUCAUCACCUUUGAGCCACCGCUGUCUCGGGACAAGGAACGCGCGCUGCGCUCAGUGCAUUACACCAGCGCUACUAAGGUGGUCCUAGCCUGCGACCAGCCCUUCUGGGAGCAGGAUGGCAUCCGGGGAGGCUUCUCUGUCACUGACCGCCCCUCACGCUACAUCUACUACCCCAGCCACAGCCUCCCUAGUGGCAAGGGAGUCCUGAUGGCCUCCUACACCGUAGACGAUGACUCCCUCUUCUUCCUGUCCAUGAAGGAGGAGCAGGUGUUGGAGAUCGUCCUGGACGACCUGGCAGCUGUGCACCAGAUGCCCAAGGAGGAGCUGCGACGCCUGUGCCCCACCUCCGUUAUCAAGCACUGGUCUCUGGACCCCCACAGCAUGGGCGCCUUCACUGAGUUCACACCCUACCAAUUUGUGGACUAUUCAUGGCAGCUCUUUCAGUCCGAGGGCCUCAUCCAUUUUGCAGGAGAGCACACCUCCCUGCCCCAUUCCUGGAUAGACACUGCCAUCAAGUCUGGCCUCCAGGCCGCCAGGAACAUCCAGGCUGAGGUGGACAUAAAGGCUGCAAAGAGGCCAAGACCUUGA